AUGGCGGACACGGACCUUUUCAUGGAAUGCGAGGAGGAGGAGCUGGAACCAUGGCAGAAAAUCAGCGACGUGAUUGAAGACUCUGUUGUGGAAGAUUAUAAUUCAGUUGAUAAAACUGCUACGGGUCUGGGCACGAUGGUGACGCAGCCGGUGCUCCGACCCGUACAGAUCAUGCAGAACGCCAAUCACGUCACGAAUUCUCCGGUGACCAGCCAGCCCAUCUUCAUAACAACCCAGGGGUUUCCCGUGAGGAACGUGCGGCCCGUACAAAACACGAUGAACCAGGUUGGAAUUGUUCUGAAUGUACAGCAAGGUCAAACAGUUCGACCCAUCACCCUCGUCCCAGCCCCAGGUACCCAGUUUGUUAAGCCGACAGUUGGCGUUCCUCAGGUGUUCUCUCAAAUGGCCCAGGUGAGACCAGGUACAACCAUGCCGGUCCGACCCGCCACCAACACUUUCACUACGGUCAUUCCGGCCACCCUUACCAUCCGGAGCACUGUACCACAGUCCCAGGCACAACAGCAAAGUAAGUCCACUCCCAGCACCUCCACAACACCUACUGCAACGCAGCCAACACCUCUCGGACAGUUAACUGUGCAGCAGCCAGGGCAGUCCAGUCAAGCUACUAACCCCAAAUUAGUGAGCAUUGCAAGCUUUGUGACUGUAAAGAGACCGGGAGUGACUGGGGAGAACAGCAACGAGGUUGCUAAGCUAGUGAAUACCCUGAACACCGUUCCUUCGUUAGGACAGAGCCCCGGCCCGCUGGUGGUCUCCAACAGCAGCCCUGUGCACGGUUCCCAGAGAUCCAGCGUUUCGGAGUCCUCCUCCUCCUCCUCCUCGUUGAAAGUCAGUUCAUCUCCUAUUCCCACCUUCGAUCUGCAAGACGGCGGCAGGAAGGUCUGCCCGAGGUGUGACGCUCAGUUCCGAGUCACCGAAGCUCUCAGAGGACACAUGUGUUACUGCUGCCCCGAAAUGGUUGAAUUCCUCAAGAAAAGAAAAUCUCUAGAACCCGAACCAAAUAUUCAAUCGGCAAAACCCCCGUCACCGGAAAAAACUACGGCCGUUGCUUCGCCACCCUCUUCUACUCCCAUCCCUGCCCUGUCCCCGCCUGCUAAAGCUCCGGAGGCGAGCGAGAACGUGGCUGACUCGUCCCAGAGUAAGCUCAUCAUGUUGGUAGAUGACUUCUACUACGGCAGAGACGGCGGCAAAGUGAGCCAGCUCCUCAGCUUCCCCAAGGUUCCCACCUCCUUCAGGUGUCCGCACUGCACCAAGCGCCUAAAGAACAACAUACGGUUUAUGAAUCACAUGAAGCACCACGUUGAACUGGACCAGCAGAACGGAGAGGUCGACGUCCACACCAUCUGUCAGCAUUGCUACAGGCAGUUCUCCACGCCCUUUCAGCUGCAGUGCCACUUGGAGAAUGUCCACAGUCCCUACGAGUCGACCACCAAGUGCAAGAUCUGCGAGUGGGCCUUCGAGAGCGAGCCCAUGUUCCUCCAGCACAUGAAGGACACGCACAAGCCCGGGGAGAUGCCCUACGUGUGUCAGGUCUGUCAGUACCGUUCCUCGCUCUACUCGGAGGUGGAUAGCCACUUCCGGAUGAUCCAUGAAGACACGCGGCACCUGCUCUGUCCGUACUGUCUCAAAGUCUUCAAGAACGGCAACGCUUUCCAGCAGCACUUCAUGAGGCAUCAGAAGAGCGUUUACCACUGCAACAAGUGCAGGCUCCAGUUCCUCUUUGCCAAGGAUAAAAUCGAACACAAGCUGCAGCACCACAAAACCUUCCGGAAACCCAAACAAUUAGAAGGAUUGAAACCUGGAACCAAG